UGGUGUUGUAUAGCAGUUGGGCGAUUUCGGCUACUCUAUCUUGUUCGGGCUUCCGCCGCAACCCUUUCUUCCUCGUCCAUGGAUAGUCUCGUCUCCUCCUCCCCCUCCUCACGGGCGCCUCCUUCCCUGCGCCAUCUCUCCAGGGCUCGACCUGUCUUUCCUCUUCGACCCCCCUCCGACCUAAAAUUCGGGUCUUGGUUGACCCCACGUUGGCCUCUCAGAAUCCAAGCCUCCUUUGCCGCAAGACCAGAAGGGCCGCCUCCUGGCCUCCCCGACGCCUCGGGAGUUCCUACUUGUCGGCCGAAGGGGGAAGUUCGCGGAGGAGGAGCAAAAUUGGGUGGGAUUUCUGUCCCAAAGGUUCUACACUCUGCUGUAAUCGCCCUUUCUGUGAUUCUACUUGCAGUAAUCCUUCCUCUUCUAACACAACCAGCAUUUGCGAUAAUCCAAUCUGUCACCAAGUCAGGCGGACACAUCGUCAAAACUGAGUUAUUAAGCAGUGCUUGGACUGGCUUUUUUGCCGGUUGCCUGCAUACAUUAUCUGGUCCCGACCAUCUGGCUGCGUUAGCACCCUUAUCCAUUGGCAGAUCAAAGAUAGAGAGUGCUAUCGUUGGAGCCCUUUGGGGUUGUGGCCACGAUGCUGGUCAAGUGAUUUUCGGCUUGCUGUUUCUUCUGCUCAAGGAUCGUUUACACAUCGAGAUCAUUCGCACUUGGGGAACUAGAGUCGUUGGUUUAACCCUUCUAGUGAUAGGUUCUAUGGGAAUCCGAGAAGCUUCUGAGGUGCCCACUUCCUAUGUAGCCCUCGAGACCGGGGAGUUCAUAGCUGAGCCAUCAGUUGCUAGCUCCGCCGGGAAGAAAAAAAUUGGAUUUGCGACUUUCGCAACCGGCAUUGUCCAUGGUCUGCAGCCAGAUGCGCUCAUGAUGGUCUUGCCCGCACUAGCACUUCCGUCCCGCUUGGCCGGCGCUGCUUUUCUAUGCAUGUUUCUCGUCGGCACCGUGUUUGCUAUGGGAAGCUAUACAGUAUUCAUCGGUUCAUGCACGGAAGCACUGAAAGAAAGGGUGCCGAAGAUCACGGAGAAACUGACAUGGGCUGCUUCUCUUCUAGCAAUAUCCUUGGGGUUUGCUAUCCUAACAAGUCAGUUCUUUGGCUUCAGUCUGUACUGAAUUUUCAUUUAUCUAGCAUUUUGCUAGCAUUUCAAAAUCUUAACAGAGAAGCACAUCCAAGAAUCAGGUGUGACAGUAGUUUUUAGCUUUCAGAUCUUCAGCAAAUAUUGAUUUUAAUUUAUUUACUGUAGCCUCAAGAUUUUCAACUACAUGUGUAUCAGUUUUUAUAAAAUGAAAUUCUUGUUGUGUC